AACGUCGAUAAUGUUCAGUCGACGUUCGUCCCUCGGCAAAAUCGGUACGUGUUUUUCUGCUCGACUCUGUUCUCUUUUCUCGAAGAAACGUGUGUUCGUCAUUGCCAACAAAAUCGUGAUAAACAUGAUCAAAAAUCACACUUUAAUCGUCACAUUAAUCGAUUAGAUAUAGUCGUAUUGCUAUUACGAUCGUAUAUCAACGAUUAUCAAAGAUCUUUAUUUGCACCACGUGCUUGCUCUUGUUACAACGAUUAUCUCUUUAUCACUUUCAAAUGACACAUGUUACACAAGAAAGAUCGAUCAUUCUUCUCGAUCGAUAGAAGUAUAUUAUGGAAUAUCGAAUAGUGUUGAAUGUAUAUUAUAGUAUUUUAUUUUGUGCAUAUGAAGAGACACAAAGUGAAAGACGAAGUUUAUUAAAAAGAAUAACGAAGAAUAAUUACGGAUUUUUAAGUGGAAAAGUUCUCCAAAAAUAUAUUAAAAAGUAUACUAAGUAACAAUAUUUCUUAUGCUAAUGAUAAAAAAACGUCAGCGAUAACGAAAACCUUGACACAUCAUAAAACAACGCUGUUUAUCAGUAUUGUGCAAUACAUUAAAAGAAAAGAAAUUUCAGAACUUACUGAAAACGAAUGAAUAAUAAUUUAUCGUUUCUAUAAUAUUAAAGAAUCAUAAAGAUGUGCAUAUUACUAUUACGCACGUUUUCAAUUAUUUUCAUGCUAUUUAUAAUAGAGAACGUUAUCGUUCAUGGAAAUCCUUUUUCUGCGCAUAGCAAAAAUGAGGAUUUUACUUUUCACAUUGUCCACACCAAUGAUAUGCAUGCAAGAUUUGAAGAAACGUCAAGAUUGUCGGCACCAAUUUGUUCUAAACAAGAUGCCGCAACAGGAAAUUGUUACGGUGGUUUCGCCAGAAUAGCGACCUUGAUUCGUCAGGCUAAAAAUUCGUCCAUACCAACAUUGUUCUUGAAUGCUGGUGAUACUUAUCAAGGUUCCGUGUGGUAUAAUAUCUACAAGUGGAAAAUCGUUGCAAAGUUCCUCAACAUUCUCGCACCAGAUGCGAUAAGUCUUGGAAAUCAUGAGUUCGAUGACGGUGUAAAUGGUUUAAUACCCUUUAUCGAAGAAUCAAAGUUUCCAGUUCUCGCGGCGAAUCUUGAUUUAUCGAAACAGCCAAACUUAAAAGCUACGAAGUUAGCGAACAGUACGGUCUUGGUGAUAAAUGGUACAAAGAUUGGUGUGAUCGGUUAUCUCACGCCAGAGACGACGAUCAUAUCGAUUACCGAAAACGUGAUCAUUAACGACGAAGUACCUGCUAUUCGCGAGGAAGCAAAGAAAUUGAAAAAGGAGGGUGUAAAUAUUCUCAUUGCUUUGGGUCAUUCUGGAUUCGAUAUUGAUAAAAAAAUCGCCAAAGAAGUUGAGGACAUCGACAUUGUCAUCGGUGGACAUACCAAUACAUUUCUUUAUCGUGGCAAACAACCUGACGCUGAACACCCCGAAGAUAUUUAUCCUACUGAAAUUGUACAAGACAACGGUAGAAAAGUUUAUGUUGUUCAAGCAUAUGCUUAUACUAAAUAUCUCGGUAAUUUUAGCGUUUCUUUCGACUCAAACGGUGAAGUUACUGACAUUGUGGGCAAUCCAAUUCUAGUCGAUCAUAGUAUCGAACAGGCACCGGAUGUUCUCAAAGAACUGGAUUUACUCAGACCUGCGAUCGAUAAUAUAAGCACAACGGAAGUUGGAAAAACUCGCGUAUUACUCGAUGGUGACAGUAAAACCUGUAGACAAAAAGAAUGCAAUUUAGGAAACCUCAUUACCGAUGCUAUCAUCGAUUAUAAUGCCCAGGAAUAUUUUUUUAAAGGAAAAUGGACCGAUGCUGCUAUUGCCGUUCAAAAUUCUGGAAGUAUAAGAGCGUCUAUCACUAGAGCCUUGAACGAUAAGAUCACAAUAGGUGAUAUACUUGGAGUUCUACCUUUUGGCAACAUUAUUUUCAAGACGUCUAUGACAGGAAAACAAAUGCUCUCAAUGUUGGAAUGGAGCGUUUAUAAUCUUAAUUACAAUUCUUCGGAUAAUUUAUUCGGUGCAUUCCUUCAAUUUUCCGGUCUUCAGGUCUCAUAUGACAUUUCUCGUCCGCCCAAUUCAAGGGUAAUUUCCGUCCAGGUACGAUGUGCCGCUUGUAAUAUUCCAAGUUACAGUGAUCUCGAUAAAAAUGCAACUUAUAAAGUUCUGAUAAAUGAUUUUAUGCGUAACGGAGGAGACGGUUACAAGAUGUUGAAAGAUCUUGAAUAUACUACAAUAGGUGUUACUACAGCGGAUGUAGUUAUCCAAUAUUUGAAAAAAUAUAGUCCUGUAUACCCUGGUGUCGAUUGGAGAAUUAAUUACGUAGACGAAAUAUAUUCUAAUAAAUUUAAUAACGAAGAUAUAUCAUCUACCUCAGUUAGAGAAUAUUCGAUAGUACUUCUAAUUCUGUUGACAAUGAUUACUAGAUUGUUAACUUGAUUUUGUUGCUCGUAAUAGUGAUUUUAUUUUAUAUUAAGUUUAUAAAAGAAAAUGAAAAUUUGACAGUAUUUACGUAUACAAUAUCAUGUGCAUACAGUCAUCUAUAUAUAUAUGCAAGUAAUUUGCAUAUUUUUUAAUUUGUUAGUAUCUAUUGUAAACAUAUAUUUUUAUCUUUCUUAACUUGAUAACAAACUUUUAUGAUAUAUUAUUUGAUCUAUUACUUUAUCAUAACAUAUUAAUUGAUUUUCUUAUUAUACAUAUGCAUUUAAAGACUUACAGAUACUUUACAAUGUAAUGUCUAAAUGAUACCAGGUGGAUAUCAUAUCUGAUAUGAUACUAGCAGUAUAUAAUGAUACUAGCAGUAGAUUUCAUUAUUGGAUUUGUAUCCCAUUUUCUACCUCAGAAAAUAUAAUAAUUCGAAUAAUUUAUUUUUGCAAUAUAUGAUGUUUCAUGGAUAUAAUGAAAUAAAUAUUAAUGUAAAUCAUU